AUGAAGUCUUUUCGGGCUUUUGCCUUUAUCUCGGUAGUUGUAGUUAGUCUUUCGCUCCACGUUGAAGCAAUAUGCAAAGGAUACGGGUCCAAUUGUCCAGAGGAAGCUCCAUGCUGUAAUAUGGGAUGGUGCUCAAACGAUCCCAAAUUCUGUGCGUUCGGCUGUGAGCCAGAAAACUCCUUUAACGACAAAUCAUGCUAUCCUGACCCUCCGUGCGUAUCAAUGUACGACGACUUCUCAAACAAAAGCCUUGUAAGCUGGUUUCAAUGGAAUGGUGAUCCUAAUUCCUACCACUGGACAUCUGAUUUCAAGCCAGACUAUGCUUCAUAUGACGGCAAUGGAAACCUAUUACUCGGGUUACACUACGACGGAACGAAUUUAAAUGCUCAAGGACGAUAUCAAGGUUUCGGAUCAACCGUUAGUAGUACGAGAGCUAUGGAAUACGGUACUGUUACUGCACGCAUAAAAACCGGGUCUACAGCAAGCGGAAUCGUGACGUCGUUCAUUACAAAAAAUACUCUCGGUGACGAAAUCGAUUACGAAUGGGUCGGGCUUAAUCCAAACGAAGUUCAGUCAAAUUAUUACUGGAAUGGAACCUUGGACUAUACAAAGGGUGCACAUCAUCCGGUGGGUGCAGAUUCUACUGCUGAUUAUCACAUUUAUACUAUCGAAUGGCUCCCAGACCAUAUCAGUUGGAUCAUAGAUGGGAAUGUUGCACGUACGGUUAACAAGGCAGACACAUUUGAUUCGACAUUAGGCCUUUACAAAUUCCCCGCCCGCCCAUCCAGAAUACAGCUUUCGAUGUGGGACGGUGGUAUGGGUGCUGAUGGUACUGCAAACUGGGCUGGCAAGACGGAUUGGAGUGAUCAAACAAAAACCUACACAAUGUCCGUUGACUGGGUCAAUAUCACCUGUUUCUAUAAUGGCAACGCAUCGACACCAUGGCCCCCGGCAGGUUAUGGUCCACCGAAAGUAACCUCAACCAACUCUACUUCACCGCUCCAGACUCUUGGCACUAACGUGCCAGCUGCCACCCCCACUCAAGGAGGGAAUCAACCUCAAAUCGAUACUGGUCCGGGGAUGGAUUACAAUGCAAGCCAAUUGCCCAAACUGGUUCCGGCGGUAGCUGCAACAUGUUCGCUUGUUGUUGUUAGUGCGAUUGUGUUUGCUAUCUGGAAAUAUCGAAAGAGCAAGGGAGAGGAUUAUGUCAAGUAUCCUUAA